UCUCUUCACGGAAAAUAAAAUAAAAACCCUGACUCGAGAGUACGGAUAUAAGGCGCAUCAACCUAGUUGUAGAAACAAGUGGAAAAGUUGUCAAUUCACGAUGAAGGACCGUACACACGAGCUAAGGGUGGGGAAGGAGACUGAGGAAGAAGAUGAUGUGGCAGUCAACAUGGAAAAAGAUCGAUUUAUGGAUGAGUUCUUUGUACAGGUGGAGGAGAUCCGAGGCUUCAUCGAGGAGCUCUCAGAGAAGGUGGAGGAGGUGAAGAGACAACACAGCGCCAUCUUGGCCGCCCCCAAUCCUGACGAAAAAACGAAGGCAGAGCUGGAGCAGCUGAUGACAGACAUAAAGAAGUUUGCGAACAAAGUGCGCUCCAAGUUAAAAAGCAUUGAACAGUCCAUAGAGCAUGAGGAGGCUUUAAGCAGGUCGUCUGCAGAUCUGAGGAUACGUAAGACACAGCAUUCCACGUUGUCUCGGAAGUUUGUGGAGGUGAUGUCAGAGUAUAAUGCUACGCAGUCGGACUACCGGGAACGCUGCAAGGGCCGCAUCCAAAGACAACUGGAGAUUACUGGUAGGAACACAACUAAUGAGGAACUGGAGAGCAUGCUGGAGAGUGACAACCCUGCCAUCUUCACAUCAGGGAUCAUCAUGGACUCCAACAUCACCCAGCAGGCCAUGAAUGAGAUUGAGACGAGACACACUGAGAUCAUCAAGCUGGAGAACAGCAUCAGAGAACUUCACGACAUGUUCAUGGACAUGGCCAUGCUGGUGGAGAGCCAGGGGGAGAUGAUAGAUCGUAUAGAGUACAACGUGGAGCACUCAGUGGACUAUGUAGAGAGGGCCGUGUCUGACACCAAGAAGGCAGUAAAGUACCAGAGUAAAGCCAGGAGGUGGUUCAAUGAGAAGAUUGUCACACACAGCAUACCUUACAUUGUAGAUGUCUCGUCCACCCCCUUGUGUCUGAACAGACACAGUGCAGGAUGGGAUGGGACCCUGCUCACAUAGAAGUGAUGCUUGUACAGUUGUUGUCUGUGCAUUGGGGAACAGUGCCUGUCCCUUCAUAUUGGUCACACAGCCCUCUCCCAGCUCCUAACCAGACUAUACAUUGGACCCACAAACACACUUUUAAAGUGAAUAUGUCACGUAUUGACAUCAAUUGAUCUCUAUAGACCUCCGUGGAAAAAGCUACUAUUAAUUUCACCUCUUCUGUUUUGCUCAUCUCCAGUAGUAAAUAAAUCUGCAUCUAGUGUUAUAGGUGGGUAAAUUAAACAGUCACAAAUAAAGGUGCACAAACUGUUUACUUGCAUUUACCCUCCACUACCCUCAACCCCUUUUCAACCCAGGCAAACCAUGCAUGACCUUAUGUGACAUGGUCUCAUUGAAGUCCAUGUGUCUAUAUACCCUCAACACUGCUGCUGUGACAGAACAGCAUGAAUCACCCCAAGCCUACUGCUAUCUACUGGGUUACAUCUAUUAUUCAACUGUCUCUUCUACACACACUGUAGAACUUACCAUUAGGCACAGAUCUAGGAUCCUCUUACUCUCACCAACUCCUGAGCAUUGCUAUCAGAGAGAAAAUGUGAAACUGACGUAAGACCCGCGUAUAGGCCGGGUAAACUUCAUCAGACACCUCCCGAAUGACAGGCUGUACAAUAUUGCCACCACUUGGUCAGAUAAUAGUACAGCAGGUCAAGGUUGAGAGAAGUUGCAAUUUAAACAGACAAUUAAAGUAUGACUCUAAUACAAAGCUCAUAUAUAGAGAAUAAAACCCUAUUCCAAUACAUUAACAUACUUUCAAAAUGUAUCUGUUUGCCUAAGGCUGUGAAAUGCUGGAACGUGUGUAUUUCCUAGCAAUGUCAGUGUGUAAGCAUGCCCAUGUGUGUUUUACCUGUUGCACAUAACUGUGCUGUUGGCAAUAUGGUUAGUAGUAGUUCUGACAAUAACAUUUUCUUGACAUUUUGGUAACGCCAUUUCCCCCUCUACUCUUUCAUGCUGCCUGGAAUCCUUGUUUUAUUUAUAUUGACAUAAUGCAAUAUUGGUCAUGCAGAAGAAAAUAAUGAUUAUUAUAUGUUGUGUGGUGCUUGGUAUUGUUAUUGCCUCCAGUGUUGGUGGAAGUUUAGCAUAGAAGACACAUUAUAC